AUGAAAGAGCUACAGUGCAUCCCAGACAUCGUUGGACUCAGUUACGCAGAGUUCUGCAUCCACCCAGAUUUGAACCUUCCCGAAGGGUUCAAAAUUCCGAAGUUUGACACCUUCGGAGGAGUAGGCAAACCCAUGGCGCAUCUGAGAUUGUAUUGUGACCAGCUCAUGGGAGUUGGCAGGGAUGAGGCCUUGUUGAUGCGGCUUUUCAACCAAAGUCUAUGUGGGGAGGACCUCGAGUGGUUUAUUUUACACGAAACCAGGCAGUGGCCCAGUUGGAAUGCGCUGGCCAAAGACUUCAUUGACCGAUUUGCCUACAAUGUCAAAAUAGUUCCCGAUCGGUAUUCUCUAGAGAAGAUGAAGCAGAAACCAAUUGAAAGCUACAGGGAGUUUGCCUAUAGAUGGAGGAAGGAAGCAGCAAGAGUAAGGCGUCCAAUGACCGAGAAAGAGAUUGUGAAAGUGUUUGUGCGGGUGCAGGAGCCAGAAUACUACGACAGAAUCAUGUUGCUAGUCGGAGCUAAGUUCGUCGAGAUAGUCAAAGUUGGUGAAACUAUCGAAGACGGUCUGAAGUUGGGGAAGAUAUCCUGGGUAUCCACGUCACCUGGAUAUUCAGGAUUGAUAAGGAAGAAAAGAGAGAAAGUUGUCGUUGUCUCGUAUGGGGGAAGAAAACCCCCCAGAAACUCGUCACAUUCCCAAGAUCGUUCUAGGCCCUCCCCAAAGUCUCACCAAGCCUACUACCCGCAAUCCAAUCAUCCUAAUAACCAUAAUACUACCCCCACCUAUCCAAAUUCUCAAAUUUCGUCGUAUCAAUGUCCACCCCCAAAUCUCCAAAAUUUUUCUCCCACAUACCCAAAUUUCCCUCAACCUUACCAAAUUCCAUCUCCCUAUCAGAAUAUUGCUCCCAACUGUGCCAAUGAACAGUCGAGCUACCGAGCGCCCUCACCCAUUUAUCAGGUCCAAGCUCCAAUUUAUCAAAACCCCCUCCCGAAUUACAAGGCUCCAGUGCCAAAUUAUCAAACAAACCCUUAUCCUAGAAGCCAAGCUCCUCGUCUGAAUACCCGAAAUUAUCAGCAGGUGCCUACCCCUUAG